UCCUGCAGACUCAUCCAUAACAUGGAGUCAGAAAAUCAAACAGAUGUAGCAGAAUUCCUCCUGGUGGGCCUCUCAGAGGACCCAGAGCUACAGCCCCUUCUCUUCGGGCUGUUUAUGACCAUGUACCUGGUCACUGUGCUUGGAAACCUGCUCAUCAUCCUAGGGGUCAGCUCUGACUGCCACCUCCACACUCCCAUGUACUUCUUCCUCUCCAACCUGUCCUUUGUUGACAUCUGCUUCACCUCCACGAUAGUCCCCAAGAUGCUGGUGAACAUCCAGACAGGAAACAAGGCCAUCACCUACGCAGGCUGCCUCACUCAGGUCUACUUUUUCCUUUUUUUUAUGUGUAUGGACAAUUUGCUCCUCACUGUGAUGGCUUAUGACCGCUACGUGGCCAUCUGCCACCCUCUGUAUUACACGGUCAUCAUGAACCCUUGCCGUUGUGGUCUGCUGGUUCUUCUUUCCUUGCUCAUUAGCUUUAUAAAUGCCCUGCUCCCCAGUCUGAUGGAGUCCUGGGAAUCCCAUCAGCUGGUGGAAAGUGGGGGGAAACCAGGCUGUAGUCCAUACACCCAUUGGAUUGCUUCCAGUUCUCCUCUGUUUCUAAGAAAUAUUCCUCUGGGGUAUCAACCCAAGAUACCCUUCAUUCCUGAGUCUGCAGACACCUAA